UUCUACUCUGUACGUCACUCCCCCGCUCCGACCAUCUCUACUCGGCGAUCCUCCGCCAAUCCGCUCGCGAUGUCGACGAUCCUGAGGAAGAUUGUCGAAUUGGCGUCCAAUCGGCCGUCUUCCGCACCCGGCUCGUCGAGGAACCGCGCGCGCUUGGCCCAGUCGUCCCUGGGGGCCUUCGAGAGGCUCCCGGAGGACGUGCUGGUGCAGAUUCUGAGGCUGCUGGGGCCCAAGGACGCGAUGAAGACGAGCCUGGUGUGCAAGUCGUGGAAGUCGCUCGUGUCCGACGAUCGCCUCUGGAUUUCGUUCCUCCAGAACCAGAGCCAGCCCUGGGAAUCGAUUUUCUUCGCCGAGACCAAUUUGCGGUUCGGCUGUCCGGUUCAGACGUUCUCAAGCGAGGUGCCUGAGCUAUCGUUUAUAAGUAUAUACAGCCAGCGAGCGCAAGUACCUGGUGCUCUCAUAAUUGACGGUGGUUCUGGAUAUUGCAAAUUUGGGUGGAGCAAAUAUGAUUGUCCAUCUGGCAGGUCAGCAACCUUCCUGGAAUUUGGCAAUAUCGAAUCUCCAAUGCAUGCCAGACUUCGGCAUUUUUUUGCUACAAUCUAUAGCAGGAUGCAGGUGAGGCCAUCAACGCAGCCAAUCGUCGUGUCCAUUCCAAUCUGCCACUAUGAUGAUACUGAAUCCGCAAAAGCAUCAAGAAGGCAGCUCAAAGAGGCCAUCUACUCUACUUUAUUUGAGAUGAAUGUUCCUGCUGUCUGUGCCAUUAAUCAGGCAACUUUGUCACUCUAUGCAGCGAGGCGAACUUCAGGAAUUUCUGUCAAUAUUGGUUUCCAGUCGACCUCCAUUGUUCCAAUUUUGCAUGGUAAAGUGAUGCGCAAGGUGGGUGUGGAAGUCACAGGCAUUGGAGCUUUAAAACUGACAGGAUUCCUCCGGGAGCUGAUGCAGCAGAAGAAUAUGAGUUUUGAGUCGUUGUAUACAGUUCGUACAUUGAAGGAGAAGCUAUGUUAUGUUGCGGCUGAUUAUAAUGCCGAGUUACGCAAGAACACAGAAGCAUCUUAUGAAGUUUCAGGGGAAGGGUCAUUUAUACUUUCAAAAGAACGCUUUCAAACGGGGGAAAUCCUAUUUCAACCUCGCAUGGCAGGAGUACGAACAAUGGGUUUGCACCAGGCAAUAGCGCUUUGCAUGGACCAUUGCCAUGCUGCAGAGCUUAAUGCUGAUGACACAUGGUUCAAGACUGUGGUCCUGUCAGGAGGAACAGCAUGUUUACCUGGACUAGCAGAGAGGUUGGAGAAGGAAUUGCAUGGACUUCUUCCCCCUUCCGUAGCAAGCGGGAUCAGGGUCGUAACACCACCUUACGGUGCAGAUACUGCUUGGUUUGGGGCCAAGUUAAUCAGCAAUGUGGAUUGCGACUUCUCUAGACAUUACCGUGUUUUCUGGCAUAACACAGUUGAGCACAUUCCCUGGGCCCUGGUGCUUGACGAAGAAGCAGUUUCGACACAAGUCUAGAUUCAACCUCUUAUGGUGACUGCCCAACUGCUUAGAUAUGGAAAGGCCAGUGUUCAUCUGGGAAGCAAUGAAAACCCUGGAGGAAUUUGACUGGAUGGAGAAAAUAGGCUCGAGCGACCAGCAAAUUGUUGGGAGCGUCUUGUUCUUCUCAAACAGCAAAGAUUCAAGUCUCGAAGCUAAGAUACGUGGAUGUACGAUUAAUUUCCAUCGCAAUUUAGCAUUCUUUUCGUGUAUGACUUGUCCUUGAUGUCCAAGUCUUGCUAAAUAAUCCUCAUGAAGAUUGCUUGUGCUAUGAUCCUCUUUGUGGGUGUACGACACACUUGCGUGAUGUAAACUAAAUUUAAGUGUUAACGACAAAGUAAUGUGAGAAUUACUCAGAACAACGAAGUGAAUCUUCUUCCC